UGCUCUGCGGUACGGCGUCGUGCUUUCCGCCCCUGCCACCACCACCACCACCAUUUUCUCUCUCACACACUAGUGCGUGCCGUAUUUUAUGUAUGUCAGCCUUAUUCAAUACUAGCAUCGCCAUCAUUGCUGCACCCAGUCUUUUCCCAUUCCAUUAUUGCCCAAUUUGUAACCCCACCCCGCGCUUAUUCAAUUGGAGAAUUUGUGCAUGUAUUUAUGAAGCUAGCUUGAUUGUGUCAAUGCCUCUGACGAUUGUUGUUGUUUGGGCCCCCUCUAAUUAUACCCAUUUCUCAUACCGAUCAGUAAUUAUUUCCUCUGUCUUCUUUUCUUUCUCGUAACUUUUCGUUUCCCUCUCUCUCUCUCUCUCUCUCUCUCUCUCUCUCUUCAGCAUUACUCCAUAUGGUUGCUUCGAAGAGUAACGAUUCGUCCCUGCCUCCGCCGCAGCCGAGGUCGCCGCCGCAGUUCCCCGAUUUGUACGGGAAGCGGCGGGAGCUCGCCAGGGUUCAGAUGCUUCAACGUGAGAUUGGCUUUCUAGACGAAGAACUGAAAUCUCUUGAGAGUAUACCACCAGCUUCAAGAUCCUGUAAGGAGGUCGUUGAUUUUGUGACAGGAAAUGUCGAUCCUCUCAUACCUACAAUUAAGAAGACUCGAAGAUCACGUCGUUUCUGGAAAUGGCUCUGUGGAGUGUGCUGCUUCGACGUUUCAUGGAUUUGCUGCUGUGGUUGUUCGUGUGAUCUUAGCAUGCCCCGGUGCUGCGACUGUUUGACGUGUAAUUCCUGCAGCAACCCGUGUCAGAACUGCGGAAUUCCAGCAUGCCAGUGCUUCCCAUGUUUUAGUAGCAAAUGCUUUAAGAAGUGGAAAUGCAGCCUGAAGUGCAGAAGCAGCUGCUGCUGCAUGCCAAAGCACUCCUGCUGCAUGCCAAAGCACUCCUGCUGCCCAACCUGCUCUUGCACAAGGUGUACAUGUUAUCCUAAAUGUCCAAACCUAAAUAUAUGUUCAUGUUGUCACAAAAGCUGCUGCUUCCCUUGCUACUACUGUAUGUAAAUUUUAAUGGAUAUAUAUUCUUGUUUUAGUCAUUUUUUAUCUGGGGCC